CCUCUUCUUCCUCCUUCUCCUCCAUGCCUGGACUCCAAGCCGGGUUUUCCACUCCGGACUGGGCCGUUGCGUUGUUAUGGCAACGGGACGCUGGGCGCGGCCUUGGAGAGUGGUGGACCCUCAGCAGCGAGAAGGUCAUGGAGCGCGACAUAGGAAGACGUUCCAUCUCCAAACCACACCCCCCGGUUGUAGGCCAUGUCAGCCACCACAAUAUUCAGUUAAAUUGGGACUUGGAAGGACAAAGAAAAGGACCUCAAGAGAAAUGGUUAAAAUUUUCAGUUGAAGAAGAGGACCCUAAGUUGCAUACAUAUGGUCUCAUUUACACAGGAUAUGCCCGGCAGCAUGUUGUGGAAGGUCUUGCACCCAGAACAACCUACAGAUUUCGACUUAAAGUCACAGAUCCUGCAGGGGAGUCUACUUACAGCCCACCUGUUUGUGUAACUACAACAAGUGAACCAAUGAGCGGCGAUCAUCUCCAUCGUGCUGUGAGCAUGAAUGAUGUAGAUGCAGUUAUUAAGAUUCUUCAGGGAAGGCAAGUGGUGGUGGAUACACUCAAUAGACUAGGAUUUACAGCUUUGAUGGUUGCUUCACAAAAAGGAUAUCUUAGGCUUGUGCAAAUUUUGGUAGAAAAUGGAGCAGAUGUGAACCUGAAGAACAGCAGUGGAAAAGACAGUUUAAUGAUAGCUUGUUUUGCCGGUCAUCUGGACAUUGUCCAAUAUCUCAGAUCCAAAGGAGCUUCCUGGUUAACCAAAGAUCUUGGAGGCUGUACAGCUAUGCACUGGGCUGCUGAUGGAGGACACCGCGAUGUUAUUGAGUGGAUGAUUGAGGAUGGUUGUGAGGUUGAUACUAAAGACAUAGGCUUGCAGUGGACUCCGUUGAUGAGACUAUGUGCAUUGUCAGGAAAAACAGAUGUGGCCACACCCUUAAUAGAUGCUGGAGCAGAUGUGAAUAUGAAAGAUUCCGAUGGCAAGACACCUUUAAUGGUGGCAGCAUUAAAUAACCAUGAUGAUUUAGUUGCAUUAUUGCUAGAUAGAGGAGCAGACCUUGCUGUUAAAAAUGAGUUUGGCAAAGGUGCCCUGGAAAUGGCUAGAAGCUUACAUAGAACGAGUGUGGUUUCAAUAAUAGAAGACAGAGUAAAUAAAAGAAAAUUGAGCAUGGUGGAACCUCCUGCAUCCUCUGAUACAGAGUAGUGUGAAGCAAGUAAAUGAAAUCUGUAUCUUACCAGGAAGACCUCCUUGAGAACAUUUAAGAAUAUAAGAACAGCCUUGCUGGAUCAGGCACAUGUCCCAUCUAGUCCAGCAUCCUGUUUCACACAAUGACCCACCAGAUACCUCUGGAGAGUUCACAGACAAGAGAUAUGUGCAUGUCCUCUCUCCUGCUGCUGCUCCCCUGCAUAUGGAAUUGAGAGGCAUUGUGCCUCUGAGACUGGAGAUGGCCCACAGCCACCAGACUAGUAGCCAUUGAUAGACCUGUCCACCAUGAAUCUGUCUAAGCCCCUUUUAAAGCAAUCCAAGCUGGUGGCCAUCACCACAUCCCAUGGCAAAGAAUUCCAUAGAUUAAUUAUGCGCUGUGUGAAAAAGUACUUCCUCUUGUUGGUCCUAAAUUUUCCAACCUUCAGUUUCAUGGGGGGUGACCCCUGGUUCUAGUGUUGUGAGAGAGGUAGAAAAAUUUUUCUUUGUCCACCUCUCCACUACACGCAUAAUUUUAUACCCCUCAAUCAUUGUCGCCCCUUAGUUGUCUCUUUUCCAAGGUAAAGAGCCCCAGAUGUUGUAGCCUAGCUUCCUAAGGAAGGUGCUCCUGGCCCCUGAUCAUUUUGGUUGCCCUCUUCUGCACCUUUUCCAGUUCUACAAUAUCCUUCCUAAGAUACGGUGACCAAAGCUGUAUGCAGUACUCCAGAUGUGGUCGCACCAUAGAUUUGUAUAAGGGCAUUAUAAUAUUAGCAUUUUUAUUUUUAAUCCUCUUCCUAAUGAUUCCUAGCAUGGAAUUAGCCUUUUUCACAGCUGCCACACACUGAAUCAACACUUUCAGUGAGCUGUCUACCACAACCCCAAGAGUUCUCUCCUGGUCAGUCACUGACAGCUCAGAUCCCAGCAGCAUAUAUGUGAAGUUGUUGGGUUUUUUGCUCCAAUGUGCAUCACUUUACACUUGCUUACAUUGAACCACAUUUGCCAUUUUGUUGCUCAGUCCCCUAGUUUGGAGAGAUCUUCUUGGAGUUCCUAACAAUCCAUUGUGCAGUUUACUACCCAAAGUAGUUUAGUGUCAUCUGCAAAUUUGGACACUUCACUGGUCACCCCAAUUUCUAGAUCAUUUAUGAACAAGUUAAAGAGUGCUGGUCCCAGUACCGAUCCCUGGUGGACCCCACUUUCUACCUACCUCCAUUAUGAAAACUGUCCAUUUAUUCCUAUCCUGUUUCCAGUCCUUCAACCAGUUACCGAUCCACACAUGAACCUGUCCCCUUAUUCCAUGAGUGCUAAGUUUACUUAAGAGCCUUUGGUGGGGAACUUUAUCAAAAGCUUUUUGGAAGUCCAAGUAUACUUUGUCAAGCGGAUCACCUUUAUCCACAGGCCUGUUGACACUCUUAAAGAACUCCAAAAGGUUAGUGAGGCAGGACUUUCCCUUGCAGAAGCCAUGCUGGUUCUCCUUCAACAAGGCCUUUUCUUCUUAACAAUUUUGUCCUUAAGUAUGCUUUCCAUCAAUUUACCUGGCACCGAAGUUAAGCUGACUGGCCUGUACUUUCUCGGAUCUCCGCUGGUUUCCUUUUUGAAAACUGGAUUCACAUUGGCUACUUUCCAGUCCUCUGGUACAGUUUGAUUGUAGGGACAAGUUCUAUAUUUUUGCUAGGAGAUUGGCAAUUUCACAUUUGGGUUCCUUCAGAACUCUUGGGUGAAUGCCAUCUGGACCUGGAGAUUUGUUAAUUUUUAGUUUUUCAAGACAGUUUUGAACAUCUUCCCUUAUCACCUCAAAUUGGCCCAGUUUCUCAGCCACUAAAUCCAAAUAGAUCAAUGGUGGAGCGGGUAUAUGGUCAGUAUCCUCUGCCACAAAGACAGAUGCAAAUAACUCAUUCAGCUUCUCUGCAAUCUCCUUAUCUUCCGUAAUAAUCCCUUUCACACCCUCAUCAUAUAAGGGGCCAACCACCUCCCUGGCAGGUUUUCUACUUCUGAUAUAAUUACAGAAGUUUUUAUUAUUCCCCUUGACACUUCUAGCUACUGUAUAUGCUCCUCAGACUCUCUUUUUUGCCUCCCUUAUUGGCACCUUGCAUUUCUUUUGCCAGAGUUUAUGUCCCUUCCUGUUCUCUUCAUUUGGGCAGGACUUCCAUUUUCUGAAGGAAGUCUUCUUCCCUUUUAUAGCUUCCCUGACUCUACUUGUUAGCCAUGCUGGUGUCCUCCUGAUCUUGGUGGUACCUUUCUUCCUUCUUGGUAUACAUUCCAACUGUGGUUUUAAAUAAUCCAUGCUUGGGCCUGUUACAGCACCGGCCUGCCUCCAUUCUGCCCAGUCAAACCCCCCCCAAUAUCGAAGUUCUCCUGUACUAAAUGCUUGUAACAAUGAACUAUAUGGUGUCUGUCACAUUCAUGCCCUACAUUUGAGUUUACCUGAAGUAUCUUCUUGGCCACUGCUGGCAAUGGGACAGUGAAUGAGAUUGAACUUUGGUAUGGUCCAUCAGGGAUUUUCCUAUGUUCUCAUCAAAUCUGGUCAUUUCUUCACUUUUACUACCGAGUAUAUCAGAUGCCCAAUGCAAUACUUAAAAUAGCCAGCUUUUAUAAUAUAAGUAAAACAAUUUUCUUCGGUCAGAAUUAUGUAAAUUUACUUAACCUGCAGACCAUUCACUUUGAAUCAUAUAUGUAGUUAGCUUCUCAGGAUUCUUCACGUGUACAGGUUUCCCAGGAUGUUAACUGCAGCUUGCUUAUAAAAAAGAAACCAUGGCACUUUCAGCAGGAAACAAUUCUCAAAUAUCUGUCUGCCCUUUUAGAGAAAAUUAAUUACUCUGUACCUGAUCAACAAAAGUAAGCACUGUUUUAUUUCCAGAAUAAAUUAUUCCAGAAAUUCCACAAGAAUUUAUUUCAGAACUAUUUACUGUAAUAAUAGCAAAAAAUACAAAAUAGUACAUAGCUCAGAUGUGUGUACUGUUUAUUUAAUAUAGAUACAUAACAAUGAAUAAAUUGUCCUGGUAUUGAAACGAGAUUGUCCAACUAUUGAAACAUAUGUUUGUAUUCAUCUUUAAUAUGGUGCAAUAAUUUUGACAAAAAAACUGUUUAAACUGUUACAUACUAUAUUAUGUGAAAAAGUUUAGCAAACUGAAAUUUGACUGAAAGCAUUCUAAAAGCAUGGUUCAUAAAAAUUAAUGCAAUGGCUUAUGUAGCUCUAAUAUCCAUUCAUAGUGUGCUAAAUGGUCUGUGGUUAACAGGCUGUCACCACAGCCCUAAAUACAUUACAUGGAAAUAAGUCCUAUUGAUUUCAAUGAAUGGGAUUUAACUUCCAUGAAAAUGUAACAAGGAUCAGGUUGUCAGCAGUAAAAAUUGCAUAUCAUUAUUGUGCAAACAGCAAUAGCACCUUCUGUUUUCCAGAGUCAGUCCUAAUGGCAAUUAAUAUUGCAUUUUAUAUUCAUAAAAAGAUGUCAAUAGUAAAAUGGAAUAAAAACAAAACUUUUCAGUUUCAGAAAUGUCCAUGGUAUCUAUUAGUUGACACAUACUCUUAUACUUUCCCCCCAUUGUCUCAUUGAGUUCACAUUUAAUUACAUUGAAUUAACAAUGUAACAAGGACUAUUUAUUGCAUUGGUUCAGUUAUCCUGUGAUGAUGUCUGCAUUCGAUUAUAAUUUGAAAGAAAUAUGCUAAUCUUAACAUUAUGUUUGGCAUUGAUACAUUAACAAAUUUGCAUUUCCCAGUCUAUAAUAAAAUAAUCACUGUCACCAUUCUAGAAAAUUAUUGGUUGUGUUAAAACUCUCCUAUAAGCAGAAGUAUCUUACUGAGCAAGAGUUAACAGUGCAAGAAUAUUUCACAUUCACUUGAUUAAAUCUGCAACAUCAGUUACCAUGAGAUUACGAUCUUGUAACUUGCUUCGUUAUCUGAUUAUGUGAUCGAGAACUUAAUUAGAAGCUAAAGCAAUUCUCAAAAAAGCAAAACGAUCCCUGAUUAUUUAUGGGGUUCUGAUUCAUCUGUAUUUCAACUUGGAAUUAAUGAUCAGUUAAACAAUUCUCUCUGGCGUUUAAGUGGAUGAAACUCUCAGUUCUGUACUAGCAAAUAGUGACUCAAAAUACUGAAUAAAGAGGAACAUGAAGAAAGAGAUAAGGAUUCCCUGUUCAUGGAAACAAAAGUAUCCAUACAAUAAUUAUACUUAGCAGCAUUUUCAAAUGUUCAAAGCAUUUAAAUUAUCCAUAUGCAUUAUCUUUCUGUAAUCUUUAUUAUCAUGUCGA